AUGGCAUCGAGUUCCUCCCUCUUUGACUCGCAGGCUACCACGCCUACCAGAGCAAGCUUCGAUCAACAAUCUUCAACGCCGCACAACGGCCGCCUCGACACCAUCCCCAGCGCCAUGUACACCGACGACGGUCAGGAUGACGGAAGCAAUUCCCCUUCAAUAUCCCCUGAAAAGGCCGACCUCGAGGCUGGGCCUGGUCUCAAGACAGAAGAAGCCAGUGAGAAAGCGCCGCAGGCAGAUCCCAACCUCGUCGUUUGGAGUGGACCCGACGACCCUGAAAAUCCGCAAAACUUCUCCGUUCCCUUCAAAUGGACCAUCACCAUGCUACUCUCAUCUCUCACUGUGUGGAUCACAUUCUCCAGCUCAGUUUUUUCGCAAGCUACUCUAGUCACUGCCGAAUUAUACGGCGUUAGCACUGAAAUAACCACCCUCGCAACCUCAUUACCUUUAUUCGGUUUCGCCAUCGGCCCACUAGUUUGGGGCCCUCUAUCGGAAUUGUAUGGCCGCAAAAGGCCUCUCUUUUUCGGCUACCUAGUCUUUAUCCUUUUCCAUAUCCCCGUUGCCGUCGCCCAGAAUCUGCAGACCAUUCUCGUCGCUCGAUUUUUUAUAGGAUUCUUCGGCAGCGCGCCAUUGGCUGUCAUCGGAGGCACUCUAGCAGACAUUUGGAACCCGGUUGAUCGAGGCGUUGCCGUUGCCUUCUUCUCUGGUGCUACUUUUGGCGGUCCCACGUUCGGACCCAUCAUUGGCGGCUUCGUCGUUGAAUCAUACCUCGGCUGGCGAUGGACAGCCUGGAUCACCCUUAUCGCAUCAGCCACCUUCAUGAUCAUCGCCUUCAUCGUCGUCCCCGAGACCUACGCGCCCGUCAUUCUGCAGCAGCGUGCAGCCCGUCUGCGCGUCGAGACCAAGAACUGGGCUUACCAUGCCACCCUUGACGAGAACCCUCCCAAGAUGGGCGAUAUUGUAACUCGCUACCUCCUCCGACCUUUCCAGAUGCUCUUCCUCGAGCCGAUUCUCUUGCUCGUCACCAUCUACCUAGCCCUGAUCUAUGGAAUCCUAUACCUCACUUUCGAAGCAUACCCAAUCUCCUUCCAGGAAGUCCGUGGCUGGUCUCACGCCGGAGUCGCCGCGCUUCCCUUCCUCAGCAUCCUCGUCGGAGUCUUCAUCGGCGGUGCCCUCAUCAUCUUCGUCACCAAGACCCGUUUCGCGCGCAAGAUGAAGCAGCAAGGUCGUGUCGUGCCUGAAGAACGCCUCCCACCCAUGAUCAUCGGCUCCAUUUUACUGCCCAUCGGCCUGUUCUGGUUCGGCUGGACAUCCAACAAGAACAUUUCCUGGGUACCGCAAGUCAUCGCCGGCGUACCCAUUGGCGCGGGUAUCCUUGUCAUUUUCAUGCAGGGACUCAACUAUAUCAUCGACGUGUAUCUGAUGUAUGCCAACUCGGCCAUUGCCGGCAACACCCUUGUGCGAAGCGCCUUGGGUGGCGCGUUCCCGCUCUUUGCGACGCAAAUGUAUCAAAAACUCGGCGUGGACUGGGCGUCCAGUCUGCUCGGAUUUUUGACUGUCGCGAUGAUUCCGAUUCCGAUUUUGUUUUAUAUCUACGGAGCAAAGCUUCGUUCUAUGAGUCGGUUUAACCCGAGGGUAUAG